AUGCCUGGAAAAUGGGAAAAAUGUAGAAGAAAUAUCCCUUCCCGACAUGUGGUGCAAGAUGGCACCAGCUUUCACUCUGAAGAAAGUGGAGCUUCCAUGCAGGAGGUCCAGCGGAAGAGUUUUCCAGUUAUGUCAAGCUGCAAGAAUCUCAGCUUUUCCCACAUGCUCACGCUCACUGGCCCAUCCCAAAGCAUCACUGAAUGGCUAAUGCUCUGGGAAAAGGAUCCAGUGGAGAUUCUGCUUAAUCUGGGGUUUGGUAGAGAAGAACCUGAUGUGCGCACAAAAAUCCCUCCUCGGUUCCUCAGUGGUGUUUCUGUAGCAAAAGGAUUUGAUGUCCAAGCCUUUUUGGAAACUCAGAAGAAGCAAAUGGACACUGAGAAGCCAAACUUAUGUGAUUUUUUUUGACAGCUAGAAGUAUUUGACCAUGUUAUCAGUGCCCUCUCAUCUUUGCUGACCUGUGUCAAUACCCAACAGAUCAAAGCACAGGACAUUAGCAGGGGUGACACUAGUCUACUGGACACUGCAAAACUCAGACCUGCAAUCAGCUGAAGUGGAAAAGAAUGUCAACUCCUGUAAAGGGCUUCUCAGCAGCCAAUGCUACUGUCCUGGUUUAAAAGACAGAUGUCUGCUAAGAAAGUUGCAACAACAACCCACAGGGGGCACUGCUGGCUCACGCUGAGGCAGCGAGGCUGUAGUACCACCCUCACAGCCUCAGGGGGCGCUCUCAUGCAAGCACAGGACCUCCCUGGUGGUGAAGACAGAUCAGAUGAGGGAGAAGGAAGAGGAGUUGAUUCCCCCAGGCCCCCACACAGACUGUCCUGGUGUCUCUUGGAGCUGGCAGCUGGCAAAGUCCAUCAUAUCCUAGGGCCCAUCAAAGAGUGGGCUUCAUUGCACCUAGCUUCAGAACAGUCCCACUGUUCCCCUGCAUGCAAGGUGCCUGAUAUAAACAGGCCAAGAAAAGAGUCCCCAUUUCUUGUGGCCCACAUGCUCAAAAAAGUGGCUGACUUAACCUGCAAGCUGCCAGAUUAAUUUGAAAUCUAAGAGUCCAGCAAUGGAUAUAAAAUGGAAGCUCGGGAUGCUGUGAUGUCACCUUCACCAGUACAGAAACUAGAUGGGCAGCAAAGAAAGGAAGAUUACUGGCUUUCUGAAAUGGUUCCUGCAGACAAACAGCCACAAGGGCAGCAGAAGAAGCAGCACCACAAGCCCAGUGACGCCUCCUCUGGGCCGCAGGCACUUUCCCCUCCGGUGCAGUUCCGGGCACAGCCGACAGGGGGCGCUGGUGGCUCCCGGCCAGGCAGGGCGGGAAGUGCUGCACAACCAUCAGGACUGCAGUGCCAUGUACCACUUUCUCCUUUGUCUCAGCAGAUGGUAAUGGAACCAACCUGCAUCUUGGCUGUGAAAAGACUCUACAAGACCACAGACAGAUUUGAAAGACUUGAACAAGCUAGAGAGAAAAUGUCCCAUGUCCCUGCCAAUAUGGACUGGUGUCUCUGCUAUUGGGAGCAGGUACCCCUGUGGUGGAAAGAGGGGUAUACACCAUCAGACAACCAGCAGUUUUACCUGCAUGACCACAGAGAGGACAUGAGAAAGUGGGAUGGAACAACACCCAUCUCUGCCCUAGAAGCACAGUGCUAUGAUACAGAAAUGGGAAGCAAAAAUAACACCUCACUUGCAGUGAAUGAGACAACAAAAGGGCUGAGGUUCUGCAAAAUGGAUGGCGAUACAAAAAAUACAAGAUUCCCCCCCAGAACGGGGCUUCCAAAAACUCUGCAAUGGGGCUCAGCAGCACAAAGUAGAAGCAAUUCUUCUUCAAGCUCCUCUGUGCAAGUUUCUUGGAGGCCUCCCUGCUGCCCAGUGGAAAGGCCUGGAUUAAGUUCAUCUGAAGAUCAAGAGGCUGGUAUCAUAGUGGAGAUGUUAGGUGCUAAAAAAUCCAGUCAGGAAAACAUUGUCCAAAAUGAUUAAACAGCUUCUUCUCCUCUGAAAUCCGUUACUGUUUCACUGUCUUUAGGGCUGGAGUUUAUGUCUAGAGUAGAGAGCAGAGUAUACUAAAGUAUUCCUCUCAGUGGAAACUUUUCUAGGGAUGAUCCUGUGGUCUUCUCCAACAUCUUAGCAAACUGUUCUGAGUGUGGUCCUCUCAUAUAGUCAGAUCCAGGGGCUUCAAAGGACGGUGUGAAGCAGACCACAAAGCUUUACCAAACUGAUAUCCCUGCCAGGAAAUUCAGGUGGCCUCAAUUUCUUUGUCCACUCCAUAAACACCUGACAAAAUCAGUCUCUGUUGACAACAUGCUUAAAUACAGGUCACACUACUGGGGUGACACCUCUGGCACAAAAGCUAUCCCUUGUCACUGCUGCUGCUGCUGCUGCCAGCACUGCUGCCUGUGGAAUUUCCCCAUGGCAGUCUCUCCUCAAUGCCCUGAGGACUGCUGCUCCAACCAUGCCACAACUGUACUGUAGCUGUUGAAAAUGCUGGUGCUCCUAAAGGCUCACAAUGCAUAAUCUUGCACCCUUGUGUAGUGUAUCCUUCAUGAAAUAGAAGUGAUGAAGAGCUCCUGCCAGCACUUCCAGGAGAAGCUAAAAGAGAUUGAACAGCACCUACAGCAGACACUGUUUUCUGGUGGUAUGUCAGAUGAAGAAAGGAAGGAAAGAAGACAUCUGCAGUUCUUACAGCAAGCCAUUGGUCAGGAGGUUGCAGAGCUGGAAUUUCAGCAGAACGAUUCAAUGUGUCAGGUCAGAGAGAGCAUCCUUAUGCAGCUGGACCAAUUACUAGCAGAACAAUCCCAUCUGUUUUCUGAGCUCAAACUCUCUGACUGAAAGGAAGAAAGAAAAGCCCAGAAUAAACAAGUAUUUCCAGAUGCUGCUGAUGCUGUGCAUCCUUGAAGUGGGUCCUCAAAAAUAAUGCACAAAAGAGCUCCUAGAAAAACCAUGACAGCAACAGGCUUUCUCUGUCCCACAGAGAUACCAGGAUAG